UGAUGGAAAAAAUUUACUAAAAUGUCAGGAACGGAUUAUGAGAAAUGUUUUAUAUGCCUCUUUGCCUCUUACACACACAAAAAAGUGAUCUUUACAAAAUUCUUGUUAAUCAUAUUGAGGUUUAUUUCUUACUAUGUCACUAGAAUUUGCAGUUUUCCCAGGUAAUAUUUCCUUCGUUACAUCAAGGUAUGUUUUUUAGCUUCUCUGGCACAAUAAAUUGUUCUUAUCUGAUGGAUAUGCUUAAAAAUGAGAAGUGCAUCUGAAGAGCUGUGACUGAAAAGCAAUCUGCAAGAUGUCAGCUUACAUACGUUGUCAGUAAUGCUCUGUGUUGGGAACUUGCUCAUCAAAACGUCCCUAUGGUGCUACAGGAAACUUCACUGCAGUGCAAACUCCUCUCCUGAAAGAGUGUCUAUUUGUCUCUGCUAGUUUAUUUUCUAAUGUAAUAGUAAUAUUUUAAAAGAUAAAAUUACCUGCGUACGCAGAUACAUGCGGGAUAUAUUCUUGUUUAUUAUAUUGUUUUUGCACUGGUAAAUAUAGCUCUAGUCAUAGAAAAGUGCUUUAAUAUGAAGGAAAAUCAAUGUAUAGCAGCAACAGAAGAAGAGUUAAGAUUAUGUCUGAGCGUUUGUCUUUUUCCUUUUUCCACCCAUCGACUGACUAACAGCUGUUGUAGCGCAGCACAGGCGUUAGCUCUCUGUGCACCAUUUCCAUCACUAGCGAUGCUUUCCAAGGGGGCCGCUGAGGGCGGGAAGCGCGGGAGCACGAGCGCGAGCUGGGGCACGGCUGCCCGCCUCCUGCCUCGGCGGCGGCAGGGCAGCCAUGGCAGCGCCUCGGAGCCGGUGCCGGGCGGGCGGUAAGCGCUAAAACUCCAGGCGGCACGCACCCGUAUCCACCUCUUAGAGCGGCCGUGCGAUGAGGAGACGCUUCUGCUUAGUUUUUUUGUUCUGUGGGAUAUUUCUGCCCAGAAUCUUUGGUUUUCCACAUGCAAAUACUUCAAUUGAUUGUGACUCUCUGUUACCAAACUAUGAAGAUGAACCACAGACAUCUCCACCACCAUAUAUUAUUGCUGUAUCUUUUGAUAGCUUUGAACCAGGAAAUGAAAUCCAAGUGACCCUAGAAGCCCUCAAAGAUGUUGGAUUUAAAGAAUUUAAUCUACAAGCUCGAGAAACAGGAGGAGAUGUUCCUGUUGGUACUUUCAAGAUUACAGAUCCAAACACAAAAGGCUUGGAAUGUCAUAACAUCACGAAUUCAGCAGUAAGUCAUGCAAAUUCUGAUCUGAAGCAGAAAAUUACAACAACAUGGAUUGCUCCAAAUGAUGUUAAAGAACUUCAGUUCAUUGCAACUGUUGUUCAAGAUCUAGAGAAAUUUUGGGUUGGAAUUGAAAGCAAAACUCUCAUAUCCACGCAUUCUAAGUCAGUUAAUGGGACAGGAAAAAGUAAAAGGAAGCUAAUGAUAGAAAUUGAAUGCAGCAAGCGUGGAGGGACGUACACCAGGCAAGGUGGAUGUGUUGUGGUUCAACCUUCCGGUUCCUCUCAAAGCAGCUAUUCUAGUGGUCAGAGUGGAACAGUCUACACAAUAAGCAAGAGUGGAUGUGUCCCAGGAGGUGCUGCCAAUGCGUAUAGCCAGAAUGCGUGUAAAGAUAGUGCAUCCUCAUAUGGCAGUCUUACCUACGGCCAGUCUGUUCCUGCAAGUAGUUCAGAUUCCAGUAAGAAGAUAGUGGUCAUCCCCAACAGCAACCCAUUUCCGCCUGUGCGUCAUACUUAUCCCCAGAGUUUGGGCAAUUCUGCUACUAGGAUCAUAGUACAGAGUGGACAAAGGCAGCAAAGCAGCGGUGCUACUUAUGUUCAGGGUGGGCCAACCUACACUAUCAGCAGCAGUUCGUACGGACAGGGUUCCCGAGGCAGCCAGUCCUAUGGCCAGAUCUCUCGGCUUCAACCUGGCAGUUCUUAUGGCCAGGUCUUCCAGCCGCAAGGAGGUACUUCCUAUGGCCAGGGUGGGCCAACCUACACUAUCAGCAGCAGUUCGUAUGGACAGGGUUCCCGAGGCAGCCAGUCCUAUGGCCAGGUCUAUCAGCCACAAGGUGGCACCUCCUAUGGACAGCAGAGUGGGUCUUCUUCAGGUGGCAGUGGAGGUUGUGGACAAGGUACUUCGUAUGAUAGCAAUCCCUGCCACCAGGAUGGAUCUCAGAGUGGUAGCCAGGGUGGAUCAUACUCCUCACAAAGCUAUGAUGGUAGCCAAGGUGGAUCAUCAUCCUCUCAAAAUUAUGGUGGCAACCAGGGUGGAUCGUAUUCACAAAACUAUGGUGGCGGCCAAGGUGGAUCAUACUCACAAAACUAUGGUAGUGGCAAAGGUGAAUCAUACUCACAAAACUAUGGUGGUGGCCAAGGUGGAUCAUAUUCACAAAACUAUGGUGGUGGCCAAGGUGGAUCAUACUCACAGAACUACGGUGGUGGCCGAGGUGGAUCAUCUUCUCAAAACUAUGGUGGCAGUCAGGGUGGAUCAUACUCACAAAACUAUGGUGGUGGCCAAGGUGGAUCAUCCUCCUCCGACAGCUAUUAUGAUAGUCAGGAUUCCCAGGAUUUCUCAGAUGAUAAUCCCAAUGCCUGUGAUGAUAAUGACACUACAUAUAGUGCUAAUAGUCGGAGUUCUAGCUGUGUGAAGAGGAAAGUUGUUGUCAGAGAUACGUCACAUGUUUUAAGCAGAAGAGACUAUGAUGUCCAGAAUGAAUCCUCUACUUCAAACAACAGCCACACUAACUACCAGGGUGGAUCGUUCAUUGCAACUGGUGGUGGAUCAAGUGGUCAGGGUGGUUGCAUUUGUCCUGAUGGAAGCAGUGGUGUUAGACAGGGAGCCCCUGGGUCUUCGUACAGCACAUAUUCUGGUAACCAGGGGGGAUCUUCCUUCUACCAUGGAGGAUCCUAUGGACAGGGAGGCCCAGGUUAUUCCCACAGCUCUUAUUCUGGAAACCAGGGAGGGUCUUCCUACUCUCCUGGUGGAUCUUACGGACAGAGAUUCCCAAGUUCUUCACACAGUGCAUAUUCUGGUAACCAGGGGGGAUCUUCCUUCUACCAUGGAGGAUCCUAUGGACAGGGAGGGUCUUCCUACUCUCCUGGUGGAUCUUACGGACAGGGAGGUUCUUCUGUCAGUGAUAACGGAAGUGAAUCCUAUGGUCAGGAUGGAUCUUCUGCAUAUGGUGGCAUUGGACCUUAUGGUCAGGACUCACCUGCCAUGGGAGUUAGUGAAUCUGAUUACAGUGAUUCCACCUCACCAUCUUACAACCGUCAGAGUGAACGGGAUUUUUAUUCCCCUGGAGGCAGCCAGUCAGGUGGACAUGGAUUAUCUUCUCAAGGUGGUGGCUAUUCUGGUGGACAGGGCUCAUUCUCAUCAGGAACCAAUCAGUAUGGUGGGCAGGGUUCACCUUCAAGAGGCAGCCAAUCUGGUGGACAGGGUGGAUGUGAUUGCUCUGGUGUAAGUUCUAGUGGAUCAUCUUCCUCACUCAGAAGUAAUUCCUCUUCUAAUGACACAUCUUAUUCUGGAGGAAGCCGUUACAGUAGCUAUGAUUCCACCUCGCCAUCUUACAACCGUCAGAAUGAACGGGAGUCAUAUUCUUCUGGAGCUAGUCAAUAUGGUGGACAAGGAUCACCAUCUUAUGGAAGCAGCCAUUAUGGUGGACAAGGUUCACCUUACUCAGGAGGCAGCCAGUAUGGAGGACGGGGUCCAUCUUCCUCAGGUGGCAGCCAGUAUGGAGGACAGGGCUCACCUUCAAGAGGCAGCCAAUCUGGUGGACAGGGCGGAUGUCAUUGUCCUGAUGGGAGCCCGGGCUCUUUUGGAGGAAGCAACUACCAUGGUGGACAGGGUUCUUCUUAUUCUGGAAGCAAUCAGUAUGGAGGACAGGGAUCUUCUUACUCAGGAAGCAGCCAGUAUGGUGGGCAGGGCUCAUCAUAUUCUGGAGGCCGACAACAUGGUAAACCAGGAUUCUCAGGAAGCACUUAUUCUGGAAAGCAGCAACCACCUUCCUCAGGGGGUAGUCAAGUGAGCUCUGCUGGGAAACACUCCAGUCCCCAACUCCUGCUGUUGUUUAGCAUUUUGAGUGCCUUCGCACUCUCUGCUGUAACAUCAAAGUGGUCUAUCUGAACAUCAGAAGAUGUGCUCGACAUCCUGGACGUGGAUUAUAUGCAGUAAUAUUAGAUUAAUUACUUAAUGUCAGGGGAAAAAAAAACCACAAAAACAACACCAUGCAGUCAAACUGUCAGAUGUUACUUGGGCUAUCAUGUUCCAUGUCUGGUUACUAUGUCAUAUCUUUCAUUAGUUUCUUUGGGUUUAGUCAUUAGUAGAUAUCAUUACUUUUGUCAGUGUUCUAAGCACCAUUUUAAGAGAGCGUAUUGUACCCUAGCUAUAUGAUUUCAUUAAAUUAUUUUUAUGUCCAGUGGAAAAUGUGAUGAACACCUACCUGAAAACUGAUUAGUGUGAGAAACAGUUGUUUAGAAAAUACUUGGUUAGUAACCAACACAGAAUGUCAGACAAAUGGUUUUAUUUGCAAAACUUAAUUUGAGCACUGUCACUGCCCCUUGCUGCAUACAAUAAAGAUGACCUCUAACUUCUCGUGAGCAAUCCUACAUGGGAUGGCAAAAAGGAUGCUAAAAUAAUAUCAUACUGUCGGCUUUAGUGGAAUGUAAACAAAUUCAUACCCAACAUGGAGGUUGCACAGCAAAAAAAAAGCCUCAAUACGAUCUUCACCAUUUGGUUGUCAGUUGUUUCUUUGGUCUACGCACUAACGUUCUUUUAAUUUAAGCGUCUGCUCUGAACCGGCAUUGCACUUCUUUAAUAAAGCGAUGCUGGCUUUCACACGAACCCCCCGCGUCCCUCGCAGCUGCAGCGGCGCCCACGCAAAGGACCCUCGG